CUCCCCCCUGCGCUGCGUCUCGCUACCAGCAAACAACAACAACAACAAACAAACAAACACCACCACCACAGGCUAAACAACAACAGCAGCAGCAGGCAGGCGCACGCACGCGCGCACACAACGGCGCCAUCUCACGCGGAGAGCGAGAGAGAGACACGCGAAUAUCCCCUCAGACGAGAUUUCAGAGUGAAGAGACGAAGAGGCUGAUCUCUGUUUCCGGGAGGAGCGACAGAGAAACACGGCAGCAGUAGCAAAUGACAGCACAUGAGUGUGGCUCUUCAACCAUGUGCAUCCUGUGAAUGCAGCAGCUGUGGCAGCAGUGGGGCGACCUCAUACGUGCACGCAUACACACAAACAACGGGGGUGACCUCGCGCACGCAGACAAACACACCGAACAUAAUCCCCCCCCCCGCCUCAGAUGAGUUGUUGUUGAUGGUCGGGUUCUUAGGCGAGUACCAGGGAGUCCCGUCACGUUGAUCGAGAGAGCGCUACUUCGGAAUUGGGAGCGCUUGCGUCUUUUGGUCUCGGCGUUGUUGAGGGUUUUCAGUUUCUGUUUAGUAUCGCGACCACCCGGCGUCUGGCCGAUGUUAUUGUAAUAAUAAUAGCAACAAUGUCGAUGGUCAUGUCAUAGGUUGCAUCGGCAAGCAGGCAUGUUUCAAUGCUGAAGAAUCAUAGUAAUAUAAAGUACGAUAGUGACGGCAACAAUCGUAGUAUUAAUCGUUUGGCACCGUGUAGUAGUUUUCCACGCACGUUCCCUGUUAAGCGCUGGCCGUUUUCACAGACUCCGAAUUGUGGACAAAAUGACGACGGCCAAUCCCCCCCCCCCACUAUGCAUGAUUAAUUAAAUAAAAAAAACUACAAAAAAUAAUACUGCUGCUUCUGAUAAGUGCAGGCAGCCGCACCCCCGCUUACUGAAUCUGAUCGCUUCCGGCGCGUGUACAUAUUAUACAUAUUUUCUGUACAUAUAUUUUUUUAGAAUCUUAAUUUUUUUUCUUAUUUUCACCAUUUUUAGUUGGGACCCCUCCCUCGACGCGCCGCGUUCCGCGGCAGAAGUUGAGAAAUUGGUAAAAUUUUGCGUCGCGUGCUCACAUCGCUUAAUUUAAGGAGAUAUCCAAUCCAGGUCGCGGUGGAGGUUAGAGCGUGACGCCACGGCGAGUAGGAAGAGGAGCAAAAUCGAGAGGCUGACCCGUCGCGUUUGUUUCCCGAGAGUCGCUUCCUCGGGAGACAUGAGGUAGUUGUGGACCAGCGUUCGUGUCACGUUCUUAGCGGCUGAGGGGGGGGGUGGGUACGCAAUAAGAUUCAAGCUGAAGGAGUCCGGAGCCUCAGAUCGCGCGGUUUGUUUUCAUGAGGCUGCGACGUAAAUAGACGAUGGGAGCGAGCGCAUCGAGGUGAAUUCGCGAGGCGUAUGUAAUUCCCUUACUGUGCUAGUUGUUGUUGUGUUGUAUUUUUUUUAUUAUUGCAAAACAAGUUAGGUAGUUAUUACUGAAAUUACUGUGGGGUUGGGUUUUCACUUUUCAAUUUGCGCUGGGCUCAGGAAUGACUUCGCGAUGAGCGGGUAGCAGCAUCACCGAUCGUUACGAGAAGCUCUCGGCAGCUUGGAUGCUUUUUAUUUGUAAUUUUGCUUGUUUUAGUCAGGCAAAGUGUUGAGCGGCACACGAAUAUUGUACAUAUUAGUAACAGGACACGCGUGCGUGUGCGCACACACACACCCGGAGUCGGGGGGGGGGGGGCAGGGGGGGGUGGAGCGGCAGGACUAUAAAAUCCAAACUAGAAUCAGCAACUGAAGGUGGACGACACAUCAUCGCAGCUGCCGAGGAGAGUAGGCGCCCGACGGGGUGACCCUGUGGGGUCUCGGCGCAGCUCCGCCCCCCUUACGCCUGCAACCUCGACCGGCCGCUGACCGGGCCCGGGGCACUGAAACGCUGCGCAGGAUCUACCGCCCUCCCCCCACCUUCCAAGGGAAUCUUUGCUGGCCAGGGCGCCCCCCGCUGUCUACAGCCGGGGGGGGGACCUCCCCUCGCUGUGGCCCCCCUUGCGUUCCCUUGCCCCGGCCAGACCCCCUCCGUUGGCGGAGGAGCAGCGCGGGAGCUGGCAGGGCCUCCGUCUCACCGGCCUCGCCGACUCAGCCCGGACAGACCUACCCGCUGCCCGUGGGUCCCAGCCAUGAGAGUUCAUGCCUGGCUACAGUGAAUGCACGACACCCGACCUAAAUGGCGCAGCAUGAUUUUGCUCCAGCCUGGCUCAGCUUCCCUACUCCGCCCCCUUCCACCGCCAAGCUCCCCCCAACUCCAGAGCGCCCUGGGGACCACGUGUCGAGGCCCGACGGUCGUGCCGGCUCCAGCCGACGCCGACACAACUCGUCCGAUGCCUUCCUGGACGCUGGCUUUGGGCGCAACCCUGAUGUCCGCACGCGCCCCAUCUCGCGUCAGAACUCCCUAGAAACGGAGCCGGUCCGCGGCACUGGUAACCACGGCAACCGCCGCCCGCCCGGGCGCCUCCACUCGGACGGUGGGGCGUCGCGCGGCUCCUACCACUGGGAAGGCGGCGGGGGCGGCGGCCAGCGCGGCGGGCCCUACCAUGACGGGGACGGGCGGGGAGGCGGCGGAGGGAGCGGGGUCCACCGCGGGAGCUACCACGGCGACGGGGGUGGGGGCGGCCAGCGCGGCGGGCCGUACCACCCGGACUCGGACGGCCCCCGGCGCGGCUACCGCGAUCGCGACCGGGACCGUGAUCGGGAUCGAGACCACCGGGACCGGGACCGGGACGGGGGUGGGCACCGUCCGCGGAAUGGAGCAUUCCACGGCGGAGGGCACAAGGGCCGACGGGGCGACAUGGAGGACGGCGGGCCGGGCGGCCCGGAGGACGGGCCGCGGCGGGGAGGAGACGACAAGACGGACGAGAAGCAGUUUGAAGUGGAGGACUUUCCAUCGUUGAACCCAGAUGCCGAUCGAGACCCAGGGCAGGGCAAGCCUGCCAACGUGCCGGCCGGCGUUUGGGAGAACCCCCCGAACCCCCGCCCGCGCUCCACCAAGAUGCUGGUCAUCAAGAAGUCAUGCCGCGAGGAGAGCUUCUCGGCCGCCUUCGCGUCCACGCUGGCGCCGCCGUGCGGGGGCGCCAGCGCCAUCACCCCGCUGCAGCUCUGCUCUCCCUCGUCCUCCUCCUCGUCGUCCGCCUCCUCCUCCUCGUCGUCGUCGGCGGCGGCCUCUUCCGGCGCCAUCGGUGGCCCCGCCGCACGGGUCCACCACCCGGCCUCCUCCGCGCACAACGGCGUGGCGGCCGCCCCCGUCUCUUCGGGAGCGGCCGCUCCUGUCGUGCCGGGGGUGCCGGGCGGCGGCGGCGGCGUCGUGGUGGGGCCGGGAGUCGGGGCGGUGGUGCCUCCGACGAUCAUCGGAGGAGGCGCUGUGGGGAUGAGCGGCGGUGGCGUGGCCGGAGCGGGGCAAGGUGGCGGGCUCCAGCGGUGCGGGCAGCGGAGUGGCCGGGGUGGGGACCAGCAGCAUUUACAAGAUCCUGGUGCCCAAGCCGGCGGCGCUGCCAGCCAAGCCCUCGCUGUGGAAGAACCCCGGCAGCGCCAAGGACGCGCGAUCGUCGGGCUCAUUCACCCGCGACUCGGCCUUCCGCCUCUACUCGCCGUUCUCCCCCAAGCCGGCGCCGCCUCCACCGCUCCCCGUUGCUUCCGUGGUGUCGGCGCCCGCUCACAACCACAAGGAAUCGACGGCGGCGGUGGCGGCGCCGGCCUCGGCGGUGGCGGCGGCGCCGGCGUCACCGGGAUCGACGGUGAUCCCGGCGGCGGCGGACGACGACGACGGCCGCCGUGGUGGCGGCGUCGUCCCUGAGG